GAGCGCCGAACAUCAACAAACCCGACCUCGUCGCAUGUAAUUCCAGCUACAUGGCACGAUCGUCUUUUCCAAAGCUUGUAGUGUACUACGCGUUCAAUAGCUACCCUCCGGCAAGAACGGCAGAGGGCACACAUCUCCACCCGAUAUCCGAUGUUGACAUAUGUAGAGCAGCACCGUCCCCUUAAGAAACAUGCCGUUCCACCUACUUCCCAUCAAUGAUGUCUUUCUCCCACAACCCCGGAUCCUGGAUUGCUGUCUGGUGUCUCGUGAGUUUGUUGAGCGGGUGGUAUGAUAUGCUAUACGUCUGCCUACGCCCUCACAGCUUGCCCAGUAGCAGAUGGCAUGACCCUUUCUCCAACCCUAUGGCACAAUGGGCUGCUCUUGAUAACCUAUACGGAGCCAUCAGCUGCUUCGAGACAUUGGGAGGCAGGCGCAUCCCCGAUCGGUUCGCUCCACAGAUAGCUCUAUUUGGUCUCCUCGCUUUUGUCGUGCAGGCAACAAAGCAGAUCUUCUACAGUAGGUCGGAGUGCGAUUAUCUUCUCAAGACUUCAACGAGCAUACCCCUUCUCGUCCUAUCUGGUUUGUCGUCAGGUAUGCCGGCGGUACAAUAUAUAUUCUGAAGUCCACAUCAACGCACAUCAUAGUUAUUCGACCUUUCUCAUGUCUGCGUGUGCGGCGAUAUCCUUCUUGAAGGAAAUACACGCUGCGUUGAUAGACGAACACGUG